UCAUUUAGAUAACACUUCGUUACCGUGACCUUUAAGAAGUCAUAUAAAGUUGGGAAAAAAUAAAAACAAAUGCAGUUAAAAUAGUAUCAUGUUUUGAUGGCACUUUAAAUAGUCGAGAUAUUAAAACUAAUAAUCAAUUGCUUUUUAUAUCACGAGCUAUAUUUAUUACAAAAAUAUAAAUUCUGUGUCAAUAAUAAUGAGAUAUCAAGUAACGUGGCUCAUUGGAGCUAUUUUAGUAGUUCUGGGUUUGGUCAAUUUAACAGUAGCUCUAGAUCCAGAAAAUCCAGACCCUUUAACUGUAGUUUCAAAUGGAAUGAGUCAAUUUACUACAGAGUUUUACAAAAUUUCAUCAGGAAAUGAAGCUAAUAACCUCAUCUGUUCCCCAACAAGUGCGGGCAUUGCUUUAUCAAUGGCAGCUUAUGGCGCCCGAGGGAAUACAGAAAAACAAAUGAAAUCAGGUUUACAUUUGCCCGAAAAUGAUGCUGUCGGUAAAGGAGGUUAUCAAUCACUUAUCGACACCCUGAAUGAUUUGAAAAGUGUUAUGCUACGAUUGGCUCAAAAAAUUUACAUAGCAGACAGUUUUGAAAUACAUUCUGAAUUUAAAGAUAUGACUGACAAUAACUUCCGAUCACCCAUAGAAGCUUUAGAUUUUAACAAAGCAGAUAAAGCUAGCCAGACAAUAAAUGGUUGGUGUGCCCAAAAAACUAAUAACCGUAUCAGAGAAAUAGUUUCUGCAGAUGAUGUACGUGGAGCAUCAAUAGUUCUGGUCAAUGCAAUUUAUUUCAAAGGUAUUUGGAAUGUUGAAUUUGAUGAAGAACUAACAGGAUCUCAACCAUUUCAUAUUGAUGAAAAAACUACUAACGAUGUUAAAAUGAUGUUGAGCCGAGAUACUCAUAAUUAUGGAACCCUUCCUGAUCUCGAUGCUGUGUUUGUUGAACUUCCAUACAAGAAACUAAAUGACAUCGAUUCAAUUAGUAUGUUUAUAAUUUUGCCAAAUACAAUAACGGGACUGAAAAAAGCUGAAGAAUCUCUUGACAAAGUCAAUUUAAAAGAAAAACAUGAUAAUCCUAAAAUGACCCUGAUAAAUUUGUCACUACCUAAAUUUAAAAUUGAAAGUACACUUGAGCUUCAACCAACACUUGAGAAAUUGGGAAUGACUGACAUGUUCCAAGAUACUGCUGACUUUACUGGAAUCACAGCUGCUCCGCCAUUAAAAGUCACUAAAGUCAUUCAGAAAGCUUUCAUCGAAAUUGAUGAAAAAGGAAGCGAAGCAGCUGCAGCAACUGCGGUAAUUGGAAUGGCAAGAUCUGAAGAUUCUCUCAGUCCCGAACCUGUCACAGUGACGGUUGACAGACCAUUUUAUUAUGCAAUUGUACAUCCUGCAACAAAUACUGUUUUAUUCCAAGGACAUAUUACUGACCCAAAAUAUGAUGAAAAUGAAUUGUGUACGCAACGCACACUCUUUAUAAGACGAAUAAUAUUACUAAGUAUUACGUGGAUUGUUGGAGCUAUUUUAAUAGCUUCCAAUUGUUUUACAUAUACAAUUGCAGCAGUAGUGCCAGAAAAUGAAGAGGCUUUAAAAACGGUUUCUGAUGGAAUCAAACAUUUCGCAUCAAAUUUCUAUAAAACGUCGUCAGAUGGAGAAUCAGACAAUUUGAUCUGUUCCCCGUUAAGUGCGGAUAUUGUAUUGUCAAUGGCAUCUUACGGCGCUGGUGGAAAUACAAAAGCACAAAUGCGAUCAACUUUACAUAUUCCUGAAAAUGAUGAAGUUGGCAAAAGAGGAUUUCAGUCACUAAUUGAUAAUCUCAAUAAUUUGAAGAAAGUUGAACUGAGAUUAGCUCAAAAAAUUUUCAUGCAAAACGGUAUUGAAAUAAAACCUGAUUUCAAAGAUAUUACGGAAAAUUAUUUCCGAUCAACUGCACAGACAUUAGAUUUUAGUAAAGCUGAAGAAGCCAGCCAGACAAUUAAUAAUUGGUGUUCAGAAAAAACUAAUAAUCGUAUUAAAGAAGUUAUUAAAGCAGGUGAUAUCAAAGAUGCUUCGAUGGUUUUGGUUAAUGCAGUAUAUUUCAAAGGUAAUUGGAAUUCACCAUUCGAAGGUUAUAAUACUUCACCUCGACCUUUCCGUGUUGAUGAAUCAACUAUAAAAGAUGUUGAUAUGAUGUAUCAACAUCACUCGUUCAAUUAUGGAAAUCUGCCUGAUCUCGAUGCUAUUUUUGUGGAACUUCCAUACGAGAGUGAAAAUGAAAACGAUGCAAUCAGUAUGUUUAUAAUUGUACCAAAUAGAGUAACGGGAUUGGAAAAACUUGAAGAAUCUCUUUACCAACUAAACUUUAAAGAAUUUCAUGACCAGGAAAAUAUGUUACUCAUGCAUCUUGAGGUGCCGAAAUUUAAAAUUGAAAGUACACUUCAACUCCAAACAGUACUCGAGAAAUUGGGUAUGACUGACAUGUUCAAUGAUACUGCUGAUUUUAAAGGAAUAACAGAUAACCCACCGCUAAAAAUUAGUAAAGUUGUUCAGAAAGCUUUCAUUGAAGUUAACGAGAAAGGAAGUGAAGCAGCUGCAGUCACAGCUGUCGUUGCCGUCCCUAUGUCGCUACCGAUGCAUCUGAUUAAGCCUAUACGAAUAAAUGUUGAUCGUCCUUUUGCAUACGUAAUCCAUCAUACUGCCACAAAUACGAUUCUGUUCCAAGGACAUAUAACAUUACCAAAAAUGUAAUUUUGAAAAAAUUAACAUUCGCAUGAAAACUGAUGUUCUUCAACAAUAAAUACAUUGAGUUUAAUUAUGAUACUUUAUAGCAAGAAUUAAAAAUAAACAAAUAAAAAAUGAAAA